AUGGGAAAACAAAAUAGUAAAUUAAAACCAGAGGUUUUGGAAGAUCUGAAGCAGAAUACAGAGUUCUCAGAUGCUGAGAUACAAGAAUGGUACAAAGGCUUCCUAAAAGAUUGCCCCAGUGGACAUUUGUCUGUAGAAGAAUUUAAGAAAAUAUACGGGAACUUUUUCCCAUAUGGCGACGCUAGUAAGUUCGCGGAGCACGUGUUCCGAACAUUUGAUGCUAAUGGUGACGGCACGAUAGACUUUCGGGAGUUCCUGUGUGCGCUGAGCGUCACGUCACGCGGCAAGCUUGAACAGAAACUCAAGUGGGCAUUUUCCAUGUAUGACCUCGAUGGCAACGGGUACAUCUCCCGGCAGGAGAUGCUCGAAAUUGUCACUGCAAUUUACAAAAUGGUGGGGUCUGUAAUGAAGAUGCCCGAGGACGAGUCGACGCCAGAGAAGCGAACCGACAAAAUAUUCCGACAAAUGGACAGAAACAAAGACGGGAAGCUUUCCCUCGAGGAGUUCAUAGAGGGCGCCAAGAGCGACCCGUCCAUCGUACGGCUGCUGCAGUGCGACCCGCAAUCACAGUGA